AUGGAGCAGUACCGCGUGCCCAAUAAACUCCCGUCGGAGGAAAUCAACAUCCUUGCUCAGCGCAAGGGUCGCUUAAAGCAGCAGGCGAAGCGAAGCGCUCCGCUUGCACGCAAAGUUAAAAGACCUCGUGACUUCGUGAAAGCGACCAUCUACGUAGCCCAGCAACGCCGGGCAGUGCAGGAUGCCAAGCGCAUCAAGCGCAACUUCCUCAAAACAGGAUUUCGUCUGCCGAACAACGCUAUUACCGAGGGCCGUCUGGUGUUGGUGUUUCGUCACCGUGGUCUUCACAUAGCCAACAAGGACGUAUUGCACUCGCUUCGCACACUCAGACUACCGGUUCUUCGGAGCGCUGCUUUUCACCUUCUCACCCCCGAGAUUCACGCGCAUCUGAAAGUGGUUGAACCGUUUGUUGUAUGGGGUUAUCCGGCUGACGCGAUCAUCCGGGAGUUGAUCUACAAAUACGGUGCAUUUCGCGGAAAUGGUCCGGACCAGAAAUCUGUUCCAAUGUCUUCGAACCAAGUGGUUGAGCAGCGACUUGGACACUGCGACAUCAUCUGCGUGGAGGAUCUUCUGAAUGAAGUCAUAACUGUAGGACCACAUUUUGACGAAGUAAGACGAGCCUUACGCUGCUUCACACUCAGUCAUCCGGUCGGAGGCUGGAAGGAGGCACCGAAAGGUAAGCUACGCUCGAUCGGCGGCGAAGCUGGUUUCCGGGGAGAUGAAAUAAACGCCCUCUUCAAGCGACUUCUGUAACUCACGGUGCCAAAGUGCAAUCCUGCAGUACUUUUUCUAUUUUUCUGUAAAUAUCAAUAAAGGAGGCUAACAAAACCUCAGCAAAAA